AUGACUCAUUACAGUAAUGACAACGAACAAUGGGCAAGGGUUCAUACGGCAGAUGAUGAAGGUUGCUCAUGGAUCCUUCUCUUGGACGCGUUGCAAAAACAGGAGAGAGAAUCUAGAGCAUGGGAUAACCCUGAGUAUGCUGGAACAAAGCAUAAGAUUGCCUACUUGCUUCAACGAAAGAGGCGAUGCUGGGACUUCAUGCCUCUUAACAUUACCAAGCCAUUUGCUACCACAACAAUUUGUCAUUGGGUUGAGAUUGUAUCAAUGUUAGGUCUCGUCUGGGUGGAAUUUGACGUGAAGAAGUCCGUUUUGAAUGCAGAAGGAAAUGGCUUCAUGGUAAAGAGCGAAUAUAUGCCAGGUUUGGGAAUUCUUGCGAGAUUCUCACGGUUAUCGACAUCAAACCACGAGGAGAACCGAAUAAUUCCUUGCCACGAGAUAAAGCAAUUAUGCUUUGGAGAGGUUCCUUCGGUCUUCGACGACCAAGCGACAAAGACAGGCCGUCUUCAGUUUGGUCCGGGAAAUUUGGAGUCUUGUCUUUCGCGUUUACUGCCGGAGCUUGCAUUCUCGGACCGCAAGCUCCUAUCACAAUCAGUAGAGAGACCUUCAGUAUUUCCAUGUGAGUUUCGAUAAUUGAAAACCUUCACUUCUUGAUUCUGCUAAUUCCAUGUCAGACACCUUUGAGCUACUGGGAAUGGUAGCCAAGUCAGUACACUUGUCAGGCUCCCGAUUCCGAAGGCUACCGAACCCAUGCGCAGCCAGCUGGACGCCGCAUGUCGAUUUCGCCUCAUGUCUCAAAACCUUCGGCUCUCAUUUGAAGAAUUCAAGCUUGGGGGAUGACGACCUCACAAAGGAACUUCAAAGCUUGUUUUCAAAAGGCCGACUGUACGGGAAAUAUCUCAAUGACUCGACUUUAGAGCAGAAGAUUUCGGCUUAUGAGCUUUAUGCUGAUCUCUAUAACAAAGUGAAAAAAGAAACAUAUACCCCAGCGGAUAAGGGGAAAGACGAGAGUGAUCAUGUGAAGGAGAGCCGAAAGAGAUACAACGACAAGCAUCUGGAUCUGCUCGACACGCUUCAUGAAGCUUUGGAUGUAGUGGAAACUACACUAAGGCAAAACAUGCUCAAGGACGUCCGCCAGGUCUUGACUUUGCAUUUCACAGCCGUUUUAAGUCAGCAGGACGAUCUUGAAAAAGAGCUGGAAAAUGCGACUCUUGAUAACCCGAAGGAGAAGAUACUCUUGGCCUUCUACUUUGAGGAGAUCUACCCCAAUGUGGUCCAAGCAGAAGAUUGGAACGGGCGAGCUUCAAAUGGUUCGACGGCUAGCGAUGCAUCGACGCUUUGUUCAAACUCGGAUAGAAGAAGUGCGGUGUGGCUCGCUUUGAUGUUCAGAUUGUGGUCGUGGAUGUUCUUGCACGACUUUAAUUCGGAAGACAGGAUGAUUGAAAGAAGCGAGUUUAAGAAUAAUAGGUUGCCUGUGUAUAUUAGUUGA